AGCUCCCGGCCGUUUCAGAUCCUGAUUCAACGAGUUUCCCCCAACGACCUCCACGCCCCUCGAUCCGUCCGGAACCCGCCGCGCUCCCCUCGAUCCCCGUCCAAGCCCAGAUCCGACGGACACGGAGCCCUGGCUUCCGCAGCGAGCCCCUCCCAUAAAUUCCGCCGCCCGGGAGGGAGGGAAACUGGGAAGCAGUUGUUGAGACUCGAAACACCAGCGAUUCGGCUCGGCAGAUAGGAGGGGGGAUGGAUCCCGUGGAGGCGGAGGAGCAGCAGACGGAGCCGCCGGACGACGAGGCCUACGCCGAGGCAGAUCCCACCGGCCGCUUCAUCCGGUACGAUGAGAUCUUGGGAUCGGGUGCCGUCAAAACAGUCUACAAGGCCUUCGAUAAGCUGGAGGGCGAUGAGGUCGCGUGGUGCCAAACACGGAUUGAUGAUUCUGUCAUGGGUUCCUCAGAGAAGAUGGCACAACUGAAUACGGAGAUCAGUCUGUUGAAGACGCUGAGGCACAAGAACAUUCAGAAGUUGUUUGCCUCAUGGAUUGAUGAGGACAAGAAGACAGUUAACAUCAUCACAGAGCUCUGCACAUCCGGCAGUUUGAGGCAGUUUCGUAAGAAGCACAACAAAGUCGGUAUGAAGGCUAUGAGAGGAUGGGCAAUACAGAUAUUGACAGGGCUGGAAUACCUUCACAGUCAAGAGCCAGCGAUUAUUCAUAGGGAUUUAAAGUGUGACAACAUAUUCAUAAAUGGUCAUGAUGGACAAGUGAAGAUUGGCGACUUUGGUCUGGCGACAUUUUUGCAUCAACGGAAAAUGAGAAGUAUCAAAGGCACAUUAGAGUUUAUGGCACCAGAACUCUUCACUGGGAAAUACAAUGAGUUGGUGGAUAUAUAUUCAUUUGGGAUGUGCAUGCUUGAAAUGGUGACAUGUGAAUAUCCAUACAGUGAAUGCGAAGGCAAGCCAUGGAUAUACAAGAAAAUUUCUGAAGGUAUAAAACCAGCUGUGCUUUCCAAGGUUGAAGAUGCAGAAGUAAGAGGUUUCAUAGAAAUCUGUUUGGCUCCGGCAGCUGAAAGACUUUGUGCAAGUGAGCUCUUAAAGAACUGUUUCCUCCAGAAAGACAAGCCUAUCCCAGCGCCUGCGCCUCCUAUUUCAGUCUCUCUGGUCUCGAGUGUGACUAAAGAUGGGCGGCAGUCUGCCAGUUUCAUGCUAUGGAAGGGUGAAUUCUCACUGAAAGGCGAUAUGCAUGUCACCGACCAUGUUAAUUUAUCACUAAGAUUUCCUGAUCCCAGUGGUUGUUUUAAGAAUGCCGAGUUCCCGUUCGAUGUGGACCAAGAUACCAGCCUUUCUGUGGCUCUGGAAAUGGUCGACACUUUCGGAUUGCCGCAAGGGAACAUGCAGAUCAUAGCGCAGCUGAUUGAGGUGUUCUUGCUCAUCCUGAUCCCUGAAUGGGUGCCCUGCGUCGCUGUCGGACGGGUGGUUGUGGUUCCUGAGAGUGCAAACAGCCACAGCUACAUCUCCAAAAGAAUCAUGAACUGCAGGCAGCUCAGAUUGGCCGUCCUAGGAUAGUACUGUUUUCCCCAAGCUAGUGUAUCUUCAGGUUUUUUGUUUAGUCAGAUGAAUUUGGCCUUGCUCCAGCCUCUGGUGCGGCUCAUUUUACAGUGCCCACUCGAUGUGCUGCUAGACAUGGCAUUUUUCGUUGAUGAUGGUGAAAGUUAGUGCAGAUCUACUAGAUUCAUUGAUUGAGAUUUAUCAGUUGGAGGUAGUUCGAAUGUGUCCCUUUUUUAUUUUAAGUUGUUGUGUUCAAUCCAAUUUUGGAUUCUAAAUUUUUCCUGGUUUCCAGUUGAAAUUCAUGAACUUGAAUCUGUUAAGUGUGUGCAUUGCGCGCCAGCCUCUAGUGGUAUUCUUGUAACUCAUUUUGUCACGAUGUCUCUCUCAGAAGUCUUCAAAUAUAGAGAACUGAAAACCAAGUUUAUCUCCAUCAACAUAGAAUCAAAUAAAACUAUCUGUACCAAAGGAGACCAAACAUUCUCCACCCAUUAAAAACUAAAUAACCAUAAAGUGUGAGUUUACGGGUCAAAAGUGGUCGCAGGAAAGAAGUGACUCAAGCUCCUCCGUUCACAAAUAUAAGAUGUUCCCUUUGAUCUAUAUUAAUUGACACAGCCGACAAUGUUUUACAUUCUAGAGACCGUGUCAAUUAAUUUGGAUCCGAGGGAGCAACUUUUUUCCGACAGGCACAUUUUAGUGUGUUUUUUCACUCUUUAUAUAUGAUGAUUACUUGUGCUAUCUCUUUUUUAUUUAUGAUACUGCAACAUUCAAUUCUCCCUGGCUGAAAUAGGUUACAUAUACACCCAAACCGACAACAACAGGUGGACCUCCUUGCUACCAUAGCAAACCGAGCAUAGAUAGAUGAGCAUCCCUCUAUAAAUACAAUCACAAA